UUUCACAUAAAAAGGGAAGUAGUUUUUUUUAUGUAAAUAAGAAUCGUAUUAUUAGUUUCCAAUAAGAUAUAUCAAAACGCAAUUUCACAAUGGAAAGCAGUAUAAUGGUAGAAACGUUACCAUUACUGGGCAAUUGUUGUUUAUGCACUAAAUUGGAUGUUGUUAAAAGUAUGAUAGGUACGGAGAUUGGUUGUAAACAGUCAGAAACGUACUCAGAUAUAUUGAUGAAGUGUUUUUCUAUAAAUGUUGCAAGCCUAGAUGUGGAAGAUACUAAAUGCCUUAUUUGUGAAAGUUGUAUCGACCAACUAAUGUUAUGUUUUAAGUUUAAAAAACAAGUUGAAGAGUCUUUAAAAUCUUUAGAAGCAGCUGCGAGAUUAAAGAACGCGGACGAAAAUGCGAUGGCAGUUAAAGAGGAGAUAUCUAAAGACAUGGGCAAUGAUAGUGCGAGUGCAGAUGAUGAAAUCCUCCUCAGCCAUUUCAAGCAAGAAUCAAACAGUGAUUAUAUUGAUGAUGAAAUGAACGAAGACAUAUUAAGCGGUAUGGCACUUAAGAACGAACCGGACGAGUACAGACCUCCAAGAAAAACGCGGAAAAAGCUUCCCACUAGCAAGAAGAAAAUGACCUAUUCGAGCGUGUGUAAAAAAGUAGCAGACUUGGAAGAUACAGAGGCUCUAAUAACUGCCGGGCUUUUCCCCUUCAAAAUGAACAGAGACAACACGUUUUCAUGCACAAUAUGUCCCGAAAAGUGUACCAACCUGGAUGACUUGAAGACCCACAUUAGCUUACACAGUACGUCAAACAUGGCGACAGCUAUCAAGAAAAUGGAGCAUUCCAACUCGCAGAAGUUCCAAAAGAAUGGCAAAGUACUCCGAUGCAAGAAUUGCGCAACAGACGUGCAUAACUAUGACGAAAUGAAACAUCAUAUAGAAGUCUGUAGGAAUGGGUGUCGAGUCAACAAACUUCCCUUUAAACUAGAAAAAGAUCAACUCGAUUGUCCCAUUUGCAAGAAGACGUUCCUAAACUUUGUCACCCUAAACACUCAUAUGAACGAACAUUACCCAAACUACACUUGUGAUAGUUGUGGAAAGGCUUUCGCUUCUCGAUCCCGUCUCAGAGGCCACUUGAGAACGCACGAGAUCGGAUCGUUCCCGUGUCGUUUCUGCGAUAUCGUAUUCGAUAAAGUGACUAAACGGGAGAACCACGUGUCGAAAGAACACAAAUCUGGCAUCAGAUAUGUUUGCAAAAAGUGUAAUAUAUCCUUAUCGUCUUUUUACGCAAGGCAAAAACAUUUAGCGGAAGUUCAUAAUGAGGAACUGAAGAAAUAUAAGUGCAAAGCCUGUACACAGAGCUAUAUAACGCCAGGGCAUUUGUCCAGUCAUGUCAGACGCGAUCAUUUAAACGAAAGGAACCAUAAAUGUACCAAAUGUGACUUGGCGUUUUAUACGAGAAAUUCGCUAAAAAUGCACAUGAUAAAACACGAUGGGGAAAGAAUUCAUGUUUGCAAUGUUUGCAAUAAAUCGUAUCAGAGAUUGAAAACUUUAAGGGAGCACAUGCGUAUACAUAAUAAUGACAAGCGGUUCACAUGCCCCGUGUGUGGAUGGGCCUUUACGCAAAAGUGCACUUUGAAAGGACACUUAAAAGUGCACGAGCGGAAUUUGAAUUAGGCUGGUUGUGCACGGCGCGGUUGUGAACGGUUGUUCUAAAAAAAGUGUGUCGAGCACACGUGUCAGAAGUGAAACUUCUUUGGCAAGAUUCAAAGUACUAAAAUCGUUGCUUUACUCCAUGUGACGGUAUUGCCAUGCCGUCAUGGCAAUACCGUCACAUGGAGUAACCUUGAAAUUUUGCUCUCAACGCGACUAAAGAAUUUUCACUUCAAAAAAUGAUAUUACAAGUAAAAAUGUGUAGAUUGGUUACCAACACAACAUUCGAUCUUCAAACGGCAAACUAACGCACACACGAUUAGAUGUCAAAGUGAGAUGGCAUGAUUCAACUAUCGUGAGCGAAAAAGAGACAACUGGAGUGGCUAAUUGUCCACAUUUAGACGUGCCAAUACAUGUAAAAUGUGGCCAAUUAGCCACUUUCGCUAAUAGUCUAUCUACAUCUUUUUACUAAAAAUUGGUGACUAUUAUUAAUUAAUAUGUAAAAUACAGUUGGAAUUAGAAGCAUGAAUAUUUAUCGUGACAUCUCAAAAUGAUAUUAUUUUUUUGUUAAAUAUUAUAUUAUAUUGAUAAUGCAAUCGCUUAGAUAGAGGAAAUUUUAAUAAAAAACGUCAGGAGCCGUAUUAUGACCACUUAUUCCCAGUCAGUUUACGCCGUGAAUUGAACUGACUGGCAAAUUCAUAUUAUGAACGCAAUAACCAGCCAUGGUUAAUUAUGGUAUUACAUAAUUAUAUGAAUUUGCCACUGAGUUCAAUUCACGGCGUAAACUGACUGGGAAUAAGAGGUCAUAAUACGGUUUCAGAUUGGCACAGUUUAAAAAGAAAUAUGUACUUGUGUACAAAAAUACAAUCGAAAAGAUUGUAUUUUUGUCAGACUGUCUGUAAUAUAA